UCUGGGGAAAUAUAUUAAAAGCCACAAAAGGACACCACCUCCCAUUCAGUGUUUGUUUUUACCUUCCCUUCUCAAAAUCUAACCCCUUUUGUUUGUUUUUUUUUCUUUUUUUUCGGUUUUUGCUUCGUCAUCAGCAUUCAACACUCCUUUCUCUUUCUCUUCCUCUUCCUCUCUCACACGGCAGUCCCAGUGCGCGUUGACAGCAAACAACAAAUACAAAGGUACCAGCAGAUAGAUAGAGAUAUAUUAGUUUAUACAAAAACCAAAAAAAGAAACAGAGAAAAACCCUUUUAAUAUUUUAGAGAAAGAAGAGGUGGAGAGGACACGCACACACUCUCUCUCUCUCAAUUUCUCGACGUUUAUAUAGCUUACUUCAUUCAUCGUUAUCGGUUUUUUGGGAUUGCUUAACUCUCUCUUGAAAGGAGUCAGAGGAGCUUGCUGUGUAAAACUUGUUCUCUCUCUCUCUCUCUGUUUGACAACAACAACAUUCACAGACUUGCCUCGGCAAUCUGCACCGGCUCACCAAACGAAUAUACAAGACACAACAAGAUUCUGUCUCCAAAUACGCAUUUGCUGCUGUCUCUCACAGCCCAGAUGGUGAAAUGCCCUUCUUCACAAUAGGAUUUGAUCUCUCUCGCUUAGUUCAACCACAAAAGCAACACCGACUCACUGUUCUCAAUCGCCUCCUUCACCUAUAUGCCAUUUUCAAUAAUGGGUAUCUCUCUUUUGCUUGAUAAAAUCCCAGCUCUAUCUUAUUCAUCACCAGAAGCACAAUCACCGAAUGCCCUUUUGAGUGAUUUUCAAGGUGUUCCACUAUUGGAACUUUCUUCAAUAUGUAUCAAUUUGACGCUCUUUCUUGUGUUCCUCUUCAUUGUCUCCGCUAGGCAGAUAUUUGUGUGUGUCGGUAGGAUUCAAUUUGUUAAGGAUGAUUCGGCUGCUGCAAAUGCCAGCCCAAUUAGGCGCAGUGUAGACGGAGAAAUCCGCGAUGUUAGUAUUGGUACUGGGUUUAAAGCUACAGUGCUUUGUUGUUUCUAUGUGUUGUUGGUUCAAGUUUUCGUUUUGGGGUUUGAUGGGGUUGCUUUAGUAAGAGAGAGUGUUAAUGGGAAGGUUGUGAAUUGGUUUGGUCUGUUGUUGCCAGCUGCACAAAGCUUAGCUUGGUUUGUGCUGAGCUUUUCAGCUCUGCAUUGUAAAUUCAAGGCGUCUGAGAAAUUCCCAUUGUUGUUGAGGGUGUGGUGGUUUUUUUCCUUUUUGAUUUGUCUGUGCACUCUAUAUAUUGAUGGAAGACAAUUCUCAGUAGAAGGUUCAAAGCACCUGUGUUCUCAUGUUGUGGCAAAUUUUGCUGUGACUCCAGUUCUUGCUUUCCUUUGUGUUGUUGCAAUUAGGGGUGUUACUGGUAUUCAAGUUUCUAGGAACUCUGAUCUUCAAGAACCUUUGCUUCUUGAAGAAGAACAGGGGUGUCUUAAGGUUACCCCUUAUACUGAUGCCGGAAUUUUUUCCUUGGCCACACUUUCUUGGUUGAACCCACUUCUUUCAAUUGGUGCAAAGAGACCGCUUGAGCUUAAGGACAUUCCCCUUCUUGCACCAAAAGAUAGAUCCAAGACCAAUUAUAAGAUUUUGAAGUCAAAUUGGGAGAAAUUGAAGGCUGAAAACUCUUCCAAGCAGCCUUCUUUGGCUUGGGCAAUUCUCAAGUCAUUUUGGAAAGAGGCGGCUUGUAAUGCUGUUUUUGCCGGUCUAAAUACUCUCGUUUCAUAUGUGGGGCCGUACUUGAUUAGCUACUUUGUUGAUUACUUAGGGGGGAAAAAUACCUUCCCCCAUGAGGGGUAUAUUCUUGCCGGAAUAUUCUUUUCAGCAAAGCUUGUGGAGACGUUAACAACCCGGCAGUGGUACCUUGGGGUAGACAUUUUGGGUAUGCAUGUGAGAUCAGCUUUAACAGCGAUGGUGUAUCGAAAGGGGCUCAGGCUCUCAAGCUUGGCAAAACAAAGUCACACCAGUGGAGAAAUUGUAAACUACAUGGCAGUUGAUGUCCAGAGAGUGGGGGACUACUCUUGGUAUCUCCAUGAUAUAUGGAUGCUUCCUUUGCAAAUCAUUCUUGCCCUUGCAAUUUUGUAUAAGAAUGUUGGAAUUGCUUCUGUCGCAACAUUGAUUGCCACCAUCAUCUCCAUUGUUGUUACUGUUCCUGUGGCAAAGAUACAGGAGGAUUAUCAAGAAAAGUUAAUGACUGCUAAGGAUGAAAGAAUGAGGAAAACCUCUGAGUGUCUAAGGAACAUGAGGAUUCUGAAGUUGCAAGCUUGGGAGGACAGGUAUCGGGUUAUGUUGGAGGAAAUGCGGGAUGUAGAGUUCAAGUGGCUACGGAAAGCCCUAUAUUCUCAAGCUUUUAUUACAUUUAUUUUCUGGAGCUCCCCCAUAUUUGUUUCAGCUGUCACUUUUGGUACUUGCAUAUUGUUGGGUGGUCAGCUCACUGCAGGUAGUGUUCUUUCUGCUCUGGCCACUUUCAGGAUCCUCCAAGAACCACUCAGGAAUUUUCCUGAUUUGGUGUCUAUGAUGGCUCAGACAAAAGUUUCUCUUGAUCGAAUUUCCAGUUUCCUGCUGGAGGAAGAGUUGCAGGAAGACGCCACCAUCGUCAUGCCGCGAGGCAGUACUAAUGUGUCCAUAGAAAUUAAAGAUGGUUUGUUCUGCUGGGACCCUUCAUCUCCUACCUCAACAUUAUCAGGAAUACAAAUGAAAGUUGAGAGAGGAAUGCGAGUUGCUGUUUGUGGUAUGGUUGGUUCUGGGAAAUCAAGCUUUCUCUCUUGCAUCCUUGGGGAGAUACCAAAAAUCUCUGGUGAAGUAAGAGUAUGUGGUACUGCUGCCUAUGUAUCCCAGUCAGCAUGGAUACAGUCUGGAAAUAUAGAAGAAAACAUUCUUUUUGGAAGCCCAAUGGAUAAAGCAAAGUACAAGCGUGUUUUACAUGCUUGUUCACUGAAAAAGGAUUUGGAACUUUUUUCACAUGGAGAUCAGACCAUUAUUGGUGAUAGAGGUAUAAAUUUAAGUGGUGGCCAGAAGCAACGAGUGCAGCUUGCUAGAGCACUGUAUCAAGAUGCUGACAUUUAUUUACUUGAUGAUCCUUUUAGUGCGGUUGAUGCACAUACUGGUUCUGAAUUAUUUAAGGAAUACAUAUUGACAGCUCUAGCAACUAAAACUGUGAUUUUUGUGACCCAUCAAGUUGAAUUUCUACCUGCAGCAGAUCUUAUACUGGUUCUUAAAGCAGGCCGCAUUAUACAAGCAGGAAAAUAUGAUGAACUUUUACAAGCUGGAACUGAUUUUAAUACUUUGGUCUCAGCUCACCAUGAAGCAAUCGAAGCGAUGGAUAUUCCUUGUCACUCAGAAGAUUCAGAUGAAAGCCCAUCUCUGUCUGGGUCCCUUGUACUUGGUAAAACAUGUGUUACAGCUGAAAAUGGUAUUGACAGUUUGUCGAAGGAAGUGCAAGAAGUUGUGUCACCCUUGGACCAGAUAGCAAUAAAAGAGAAAAAGAAAGCAAAACGCUUAAGGAAAAAGCAGCUUGUUCAGGAAGAGGAGCGGGUAAGGGGAAGGGUCAACAUGAGUGUGUACUUCUCAUAUAUGGCUGCAGCAUAUAAGGGCUUAUUGAUUCCACUCAUAAUUGUUGCACAAGCACUGUUUCAGUUCCUUCAAAUUGCUAGUAAUUGGUGGAUGGCUUGGGCUAAUCCCCAAACAGAAGGAGAUCAACCUAAAGUUAGUCCUAUGGUCCUAUUAGUUGUUUAUAUGGCCUUUGCUUUUGGAAGCUCUUGGUUUGUAUUUGUUAGAGCUGUUCUGGUAGCUACGUUUGGUCUGGCGGCUGCACAGAAAUUGUUUCUGAAUAUGCUUAGAAGUGUGUUUCGAGCACCAAUGUCUUUCUUUGACUCUACUCCAGCUGGACGGAUCUUGAAUCGUGUGUCAGUUGAUCAAAGUGUCGUGGAUCUUGAUAUUCCUUUUAGACUUGGUGGGUUUGCUUCAACGACAAUUCAGCUUAUUGGCAUUGUUGGUGUUAUGACAACGGUUACCUGGCAAAUUUUGCUUCUUGUUGUUCCUAUGGCCAUUGCCUGCUUAUGGAUGCAGAAAUACUACAUGGCUUCAUCAAGGGAAUUGGUUCGCAUUGUCAGUAUCCAGAAAUCUCCAAUUAUCAAUCUUUUUGGUGAAUCUAUUGCUGGAGCAGCAACGAUAAGAGGCUUUGGACAAGAAAAAAGGUUCAUGAAGAGGAACCUCUUCCUUCUUGAUAGUUUUGCUCGCCCAUUCUUCUGCAGUCUCUCAGCUAUUGAAUGGCUUUGCCUACGGAUGGAGUUACUCUCAACUUUUGUAUUUGCUUUCUGCAUGGUUUUACUUGUGAGCUUUCCACAUGGGAGUAUUGAUCCAAGCAUGGCAGGCCUUGCUGUGACAUAUGGCCUUAAUUUGAAUGCACGCCUAUCGCGAUGGAUACUUAGCUUUUGCAAGCUUGAAAACAAAAUUAUUUCCAUAGAAAGGAUUUAUCAGUACAGCCAAAUUCCAGGAGAAGCCCCAGCGAUUAUUGAGGACUCUCGACCUCCAUCCUCAUGGCCUGAGAAUGGAACAAUUGAAAUGAAUGACUUAAAGGUUCGUUAUAAGGAGAAUCUGCCUGUAGUUCUUCGUGACGUAACCUGUAAAUUUCCAGGUGGAAAGAAGAUUGGAAUUGUUGGGCGUACUGGAAGUGGUAAAUCUACUUUGAUCCAGGCUUUGUUUCGAUUAAUUGAACCAGAAGGUGGGAGGAUCAUUAUAGACAACAUUGAUAUUUCAAAAAUUGGCCUUCAUGAUCUUCGUAGCCGUCUGAGUAUCAUACCUCAGGAUCCUACCUUAUUUGAAGGUACCAUUAGGAACAAUCUUGAUCCCCUUGAAGAGCAUUCAGAUCAUGAAAUUUGGCAGGCACUUGAUAAGUCUCAACUUGGAGAGAUAAUCCGGGCUAAGGAGCAAAAGCUUGAUGCACCGGUGCUUGAAAAUGGAGAUAACUGGAGCGUGGGUCAGCGGCAACUUGUGUCCUUGGGUCGGGCUUUGCUUAAGCAGGCAAGGAUACUGGUGCUUGAUGAAGCAACAGCAUCAGUUGAUUCAGCCACUGACAAUCUCAUCCAGAAGAUUCUUCGAACUGAGUUUAAGAAUUGUACUGUAUGCACAAUUGCACAUCGUAUUCCAACUGUUAUCGACAGCGAUCUAGUUCUGGUACUCAGUGAUGGCCGAGUUGCAGAGUUUGAUACUCCAAUGCGACUAUUAGAGGAUAAAUCAUCAAUGUUUUUCAAAUUGGUAACUGAGUAUUCAUCACGGUCAAGUGGCAUGCCAGAUUUUUAAAAUGGAUGCCAUGCAUGCCUGAGAACCAAGUCAAAGCAGCAAGGACAGAGGACUACCCAAAACUGAACCAGCUGAGUCUGCUCCACUUUUGCUGCUCCAUCCAGCACAUUGAUACACAAACAUGUGGAACGAAGGUGCGUGUUGUGUUAUCAAACCAGCAGGACCCCAAAGGAAAAAAAUAAGUUAUUAGUUCAAAGUGAUUUUGAGUUAAUUCAUCCCCUUAAGCAUAACUGGGGAAUUCAUGCAUGGUUGGCAUGCUUUGUAACACAAAAAAUAAGUGGGGUUGGUAGAGGUAAUAAUAAUUACACGGAAGAGAAAAUGGGCAAGAAAUUAGUGUUCAAUAAUGUAGUGUUUAGACUGAAGCAGGAGGUUGUUAUUUUGUUAGGGAAUUUGUAGAGCUGAACUAGUCAAUGUCAAUCCCACAAUUUCUAGUGAAAAUGCAAUUUAGAUCAAGAUGUUAGACUCAGAAUUCAAUUCAUUUUUUCUAUCAUGUUCAUUGUC